AUGGCGGCGGCGGCGGCGACGGCGGCAGCGUACAUGGCAACAUCCCUCUACCCGCAGCCCUCCGCGGCAAAUCUCAAACUACAAUUCCUUGGAAAACAGAUCCGGGAGAUUCAAGCUCCGGCCGCGAUUCUGGAUGUAGCGGUCAUACGUCGCAACUGCCGCCUGAUGCUGGAGAGCUGCGAGAAACUGGGAGUGGGUUUCCGGACGCAUGUGAAGACGCAUAAAGUAAGCAAAGCAAAGCAGAAGAGAUCGGGGAGAUGUUUGUUUCAGAGUGGAUGAGGGGAUGGAUGAAAGAAUAUGUAAUGAUGGCUGACUUGAUUGGUUGGUAGACUACGGAACUCACGGAGUUACAAGUCGGGAAAGGUUCGAAAACCGUGAACUUGGUGGCAUCCACGGUAUCCGAGAUUGAGAAUUUGGUCCCUUGGUUGCUGGAGUGUAAAUCGCAAGGGAAAGGGAUAAACAUUCUCUACGGAUUGCCCGUUUCUCCUUCUGCGAUUCUGCGUCUGGCUGCCAUUGCUCGCGUUCUGGGGCAAGGAUCUGUGGGUCUCUUUGUAGACCAUGUGACGCAUAUUCGGCUCUUGGAGAAUAUCGAUGAUACUGUCUGGCCGGGACGGAUUCCUGUGUGGGUGCAAGUGGAUGUUGGAUACCAUCGAGAGGGAGUUGCAUCGGAUUCCCGUCAGCUGGCGGAGAUUGCCGAGGCGCUGAGCGGAUCGCGAAAAACUGUGCUCGGAGGCAUGUACACGCAUAUGGGUCAUAGCUAUGGCGUGUCUAGUCCGGAAGAGGCGGUGAAGUUUAUGUCGGAGGAACUGAGCGGUUUACGAGAGGGUGCAGUCAACUUCUUGAAAGCAGCUGGCGCAGGAGGCUCUUCUUCGAAGAAAGUGGUGCUGUCUCUCGGUGCUACGCCGACCGCCACUUCGAUUCAGAACUUGCUGCACGAGACAGAGAGUGGGAAGGAGUACCGUGAUAUGCUCGACAAAUGCAGGAAGUCUUUCACAGUGGAAGUCCAUGCUGGAGUCUAUCCUGUGAUGGACAUGCAGCAGCUCGCCACGCGUGCCAGGCCGGUGCAUGCUGCCAAUGCUCCAGACCAGAGCUUGCUAUCCUUCAAAGAUCUCGGACUGCGAAUUCUGACAGAAGUAGCAAGUGUCUAUCCAGAUCGCAAUGAGAAGCCGGAAGCCUUGAUCGCCGCUGGAUCUCUCGUAUUGGGUCGAGAGCCGUGCAAGAGCUAUCCGGGAUGGGGAGUUGUAUCACCAUGGCCAAUGAACAGUACUGAGUUCUAUGAUCCAGAAGGCUCAAAGACCGGCUGGAUAGUUGGCCGUGUUUCGCAGGAGCACGGCAACUUGACCUGGGAGGGCUCUCAAGAGAAUGUCCGGCAACUGCAAAUUGGAGAGAAGCUGCUGGUCUGGCCAAAUCAUGCUUGCAUAGCUGGGGCGCACUUCGGCUGGUAUCUCGUCGUUGACUCAGAAAAACUAGAUCCAGAAAGGGUCGAGGAUGUCUGGGUGCGCUGGCGUGGUUGGUGA